AUGCACUUAUAUCAUCUCUUUCUGACUCUCGGUAUUCUUGUCUGCCUGGGCAGCUGCUUCGCUCCUCAAGCCCUCGAUCAGCCUGCCUCACCCCAGGAGGAAUCGAAGGAUGUCCAGCUUCAGUUUCGGGAUGUCUCUCAAAACCUCGACUACAGGUGUGGCCCGCGAUGGGGUAAAUGUCCCGGCGGCACCUGCUGCUCGUCCGCAGGCUUUUGCGGUUCGACCAAGGCGCACUGCAGGUCCCCGGAUUGCAUGAUCGAUUACGGAAUGUGUGAUGCCCAUCGAUUGCCCAAAGGUCCGCCUACCAGAGAUAUCCCACGACCUCUCAUCGGCAAAGUCCCAUACGGACCCCAAGAAAUCCGCACCUGCACUGAACCUGGAACAGUUGCAUUGACCUUCGAUGACGGCCCAACUAGGUACACUGGUGACCUCCUUGACCUGCUCGACAAAUACGAAGCACCGGCCACUUUCUUCAUUACCGGCGUCAACAAUGGCAAAGGUCAAAUCGAUGACAUGGCACUCCCCUGGGCCCCGUUGAUCGAGCGCAUGAUGCUCAGUGGUCACCAAAUCGGCAGUCAUACGUGGUCUCAUGAGGAUCUUAGCAAGGUUACACCCGUACAGCGGACCGAACAGCUGGAGAAGAACGAAGCGGCGUUGCGAAAUAUCAUCGGAAGUUUUCCGACGUACAUGCGUCCUCCUUACUCCAGCUGCGUUGCUCACUCGGGCUGUCGUGAAGAUCUGGGAAAGAUGGGCUAUCACAUCGUUCUUUAUGACAUUGAUACCGAUGACUACAAAAAUGACGACCCCGGCCUGAUCCAGCACUCCAAGGAUAUCUUUGACAAGGCACUCUCUUUCGGUGAUGCUCUUACCAAAUCCUGGCUCGUCAUUGGACACGACGCCCACGAGCAAACCGUCCACAACCUUACCGAACACAUGUUGCAGACAAUUAGGAGACUUGGAUAUCGCCCUGUCACUGUGGGUGACUGUCUGGGUGACCCACGCGAGAAUUGGUACCGCAAGGAUAGCCGGUGGCCAGGUCACGCGGGCAAAAAGAAGCCCAAGAAGGGACCUAAGAAGUCCCAGCCUACACAGCAAGUCUCAGUCGAUGGAACAUGCGGAGCAAACUACACCUGUCUUGGUUCUCCUUUCGGAUUGUGCUGUGGCAGCUUUCAUACUUGUGGGAACACCACCUUGCAUUGCGGCGCUGGUUGCCUCAAGGACGCUGGAUAUUGCACUAUCGAAGCCCCGCGGAAUGGCGACGCGUGGGAUCCCAGUUUUCCUAGUCGAAGUGGAAAAUCAGAGGCAGACUCGGAUCUUCGAAAUGUUGGCACUGCUGCUGUGACAUCUCUCCUCCUGGCUUUGAUUGCUGCCAUGUGGAUGUGA